AUGAAUACAGCUAAUUACCCCUGCCUUCUUCAGCAUCCCAGCCAUGAACAUGCCCUGGUCUUGCAAGAGCUGAGCGAAAGUUUUAUCUUCGAAUGCAAGAUCUGCCGAUUGUCCGUGAAAGGUGGUCUGUCCUACCAUUGCAUGGACUGCAAGUUCUUCAUCCACAAAUCCUGCGCUGAUUUGCCUCCCGAGAUUCAACAUCCCUCUCAUCCGCAGCACCCGCUGGCGAUUAUUGGAUACUCAAGUGAGCCUGAGCUCUGUAAGGGGUGUGUUAUUUUUAUCCAUCUAGAUGAGUAUCGUUAUAAAUGUCGUCUUGGCUGCGGAGUAGACUUGCACGUGGGAUGUGCAGCUGCAACCCUCCCUCCUCCUGAAGAAGAGCACAAGGACCAGCAGGAGCACGAGGACAAGGACAAGGACUGCCAUGAGGAUGAGAUGAUUCAGCACUUUACUCACGAGCAUCCUUUGGCAUCCUUCCACGUGAAUGUACCAAAUCGGAUCCGAUGCAGGGCUUGCGGAGACGAGAUCUCCAGUUGUGUCUAUGGUUGCCGUGCCUGCAUAUUCGUGCUGCACAAAUCAUGCGGUCUGGCACCCCGAGAGAUAAUAAAUCAUCCAUUCCAUCCACAGCACCCGCUCACCUUGCUUGCCCAUCUCAAGAAUCGGUUUGGAUGCAAAGCCUGCGGGAGUUACGGUCACUUUGCAUACAACUGUAAUGAUUGUGGUCUCAUUCUUGAUGUGAAAUGUGCUGUUUCCAUCAUGCAUCCUCCUCCACGAGACGAUCAGAGUAGCACAGACGACAGGAUUGACUUCUACCGCUGUGUUCGGUGCAACUAUAAUCUUCACUUCAGUUGCAUGCCACUACCCCCUUAUGUCAAACACACAUUCCACCACAACUACCAUCCGCUGGUGCUCCGUGAUAGAUUUGUUGAUGACAAACUUGAUUAUGAGGAGCAGUACUGCGACGCGUGCGAGACACUCAGGCACCCAGAACAUGGUGUUUAUUAUUGCGAGGAGUGUAAUUAUGCUGCUGAUAUCGACUGCGUCAUCCCCAAGAGAGACCUUAAGAAAGGUAGACAAAUGAAAGACCUUAUGCUCAAGCGACUGGAUAAAGAUAUUUCAAUUGCAGAAGCAAAGACGGAAGAACUGAAGCAAAAAUGGGAAAUGUCAAUGAAAGAGCUGGAAGAACUUAAGAAAAAGAGACAAGAGCUCUCAGACGCGAUGGAAGCAGAGUUGGACAGGGCAUGGAUUGAACACGGAGCCUCAUAA